UGAAUAGACACAAACUAUUUUAUCGUCCAAGCAGUUCGAUUAUACCCAGAAGAACGCUCAAUAUGGCCACGGUAUUUGUAGCGAUUGAUGAUAGUAAAUUUGCAGAAAAUGCCUUCAAAUGUUACGCAGAGCAUUUCCAUAGGCCAGGGAACAAAGUAGUCCUGUUACACGUCAUAGAGAACCUCGUCGACUACAGAGAUAUGAGCCCUGGGCGUAUCAUUGAACUACAAGCCGAAGCCAAGAAAGAAGCCCAGACCUUAAAGGAAAAGUACUCAACAAUGGCCAAACAACUAGGAGUGGAAGCGGAAGUUAGAGUGGAGACGGCGGAGAAACCAGCGCACGCAAUUGUGCAGAUGGCAAACAAAGAAAAUGCGACAUUUAUAGUAACCGGAAGUAGAGGAAUGGGAGUUGUACGACGAACCAUUCUCGGUAGUACAAGCGAUUUCAUUCUUCAUCAUGCCAAGUGUCCAGUUUUUGUUUACAAAAUGGAUCAGAAAAACAUGUAAUUUACAUUUUUGAGAAUUUUUUCUACCUAAAAACACAACUUUUCUUGAAUUUCAUGUACAUCUCAAAGAGAAGUAUUAGAUUCUGUAAUACUCGUACUCCAGAACAUGGUUACAGAAUUAUUCUUGCAUUGAUCCAAUAGUAACAGGUUUAAAUAGUGUCUGUGCCUUUACUUGACAAACAAUAAAUUUACGAGGGAUAUAUAUAUUUAAGACGCGUAGUACCAGCCCCCACCCCCCCCCCCCACUUCUACUGCUGUAAAUUUAGUGUGAUUUUUUUUUUCAUUCAAAGGCUACUUCCCCUUUUUUGUUGAGGUAUGGUAGAACACUCAAAUAUUAUUUUAUUAAUGAAUCCCCCCCCCCCCAAUAUUUCCCAACCCCUGACUUUGAAAAAAAAUCGUUGCUGCAGAUUUGUAUUUCUUUCUUUAGAAAUUGCAUUUUUGUGCUCUUACUUUAACAAAAAAUAUCGUUUAAGCCGUGGUUUUUCAUGUAAAUUUUUAAUGUAUACUGAUUAUAUGAUAUUAAGAAUAUAUGAAGAUAUUAUGCAUCGUCACUACUCACUGCUCUUUAUGAGUUGAAGCGGAUUUUGAAAUUAGCAGUGAGGACCUCCGCUGUUUACCUUUGCUGUAUUUGUGUCUUUUGCAUUAAGUUGUUUUGUAUCUAUACUUUAUAUAUAAUUAUUACUUUUAAAUUUAUGUAUAUGCAUAUUAAUAUAAUGACCAGGGUGAAAAUGUAAUGAAAUGUUGGAUAUUAAGCAGUAUACACGGUUGACACAAGAUGUCUUUUAUUUUUUAUCAUGUAUAUUUUAGAUUACAUAUUUUUUCAUCUUAUUUUGAAUAUCAAUCCUACAACAUAUCUUGUAUUUAUAUUUCUACAUAUAUUCACAUGAUGAAGAAAAAUAAAAUGCAUAAAAUACGAA